AUGCAGGGCCCCCACCAGACGGCGGAUACGCACAAGUACUCGGUCAUCCUACCGACGUAUAAUGAGAGGAAGAACCUGCCAGUGAUGGUGUGGUUGUUGGCGAGGGUGUUCGAAGAGAACGAGCUAGCAUGGGAGAUCAUUGUUGUCGAUGAUGCGAGUCCGGACGGGACGCAGGAGGUGGCGAGACAAUUGGCGGGGGUAUAUGGGGAGGAUAAGAUCGUCUUGAAGCCACGGUCUGGAAAGCUUGGCCUAGGGACGGCGUAUAUCCAUGGACUGAACUUCUGCACGGGCGACUUCGUCAUCAUCAUGGAUGCCGACUUCUCCCAUCAUCCAAAAUUCAUUCCCCAGUUUAUUCGACAACAGAAGGCACAUAACUUCGAUAUCGUGACGGGGACGAGAUACAGGUCUACCGCUAAGCCAGCUAUGGUCGACCAGAAGCCAGGAGGUGUCUUCGGCUGGGACUUGCGGCGAAAGCUGGUAUCCCGAGGCGCGAACUUCUUGGCCAUGACUGUCCUGAAUCCAGGAGUGAGCGACGUGACGGGGAGCUUCAGACUAUACCGCCUGCCAGUCCUACGGCACAUCAUCACGGUGACCGAGUCGAAGGGCUACGUCUUCCAGAUGGAAAUGAUGGUGCGCGCGAAGGCUCUGGGGUACAGCGUCGGCGAGGUGCCCAUCACGUUCGUCGACCGCAUCUUCGGCGAGAGCAAGCUCGGCGCGGACGAGAUCGUGUCCUACGCGAAGGGCGUCUGGGGCCUGUUCACGGGUGUAUAA